AUGAUUGAUAAGGGACUUUGUGACUUGGGAGCAAGCAUCAACAUAAUGCCCUUCUCCCUCAUGAAGAAGCUCCAAAUCAAUGAACUAACUCCUACUGAUCUAAUUAUUAGAUUGGCUGACAAAACUCAAAAACAGGCAAUAAGAGUAGUUGAAAAUAUGCUGGUAAAGGUUGGGAGCUAUUAUCUUCCAACAGAUUUUGUUAUCCUGGAGAUGGAAGAAAGUCAUCUCCAUCCAAUCAUCUUAGGGAGGCCAUUCUUAGCCACUGCUAGGGCACUUAUAGAUGUGGAACUGGGAGAGCUAAUCUUAAGGAUACAUGAUGAACAACUCACCUUCAAUGUCUUCAAUUUAGGGCAAGAAGCAAGUCAAGAAAACAAAGAAUCAAGGGAAGGGCAUAAUGAAACACUGAUGCAAGAAACAAACAGUGAAGCACAAACAACACAAUUGGAAACCCCAUUGGUUGGGAAGCCAUAUAUUCAGGAAGAACCUCAUUCAAGGGUAACUCAAGGAGAGCUAAGCACACUAGAGUCAUCUAAAGCUAGCAACAAGGAGUUCUUAGAAAAAGAGUCCAUAGACAGCAAGACAGCAUUAAUGGAAACAAGGAGGAAAGUACCCAGAAGGUGGAGAAACAAGAAGAUCCCUACAGAGGAUUUCUCCCCAGGAGAUAAAGUGAUCUCUGCUCACUAUCCAACCAUCCCACCUCAUCUUUCUACCACCCCGUCUUAG